AUGCAGUUCCUUGCUUUGACUCUUCUGUUCGUGGCGAUAACCGGAAUCAGCAGCACGUACAACAUGCCUCCACCUCCGACUCCUCCACCUCCGACUCCUCCACCUCCGACUACUCCACCUCCGACUUUUCCUCCAACGUCUACUACGAAGCAUAACGGGUGCACGGUCGAGGGACAUUACUACUCAUGUGGAACAUUUGAAGAUCCUCGUGACCGAUGUAGCGAAUGUCAGUGCUAUCCGGAGAACACAUUGAAGUGUGUUAAGAAGCCAUGCGGGGAACCACAUUGUGGGUACGAGAUGCAAGAACCAACACCUGACAACUGUUGCAAGCGGUGUUUGCCCGAGUGUGCGUUAAUUGAUUGUCCAAUCUGCGACUGUCCGUUGGAGCAGAGAUAUUUCAGGCCAAAUUCUUGUUGCCCCGAAUGCAGACCGGAAGAUGAUUCAAGUGAAGAAGACCCUAAAACGCCAUAUGAUGACGUCAGAUGUACCUUUGAAGACCCUGAAGACAAAUGUAACAUAUGUACAUGCUACAGAGACAGCAUUGUCAAGUGCCAUAAGAAGCUUUGUUCGCCUCUGCCUUGCGGGUAUAAACGACAAAUUCAGCCCAAUGACGGCUGCUGUAAAAGAUGUGAAUCUGGUUGUGGCCGUUGUCCACGACUUUCGUGCCAUAAACAAAUAAUCCCAGCAGAUGCGUGUUGUCCUGUAUGCUUGUACAACCCAGACAGUAGCAGCAGCGAUAGCGGAAGUAGCGAGAGUAUCGACAGCAGCGGAAACAGCGGAAGUAGCGAGAGUACCGACAACAGCGGAAGUAGCGAGAGUACCAACAACAGCGGAAACAGCGGAAGUAGCGAGAGUACCGACAACAGCGGAAGUAGCGAGAGUACCAACAACAGCGGAAACAGCGGAAGUAGCGAGAGUACCAGCAGCAGAGCAAACAGCGGAAGUAGCGAGAGUACCAACAGCAGCGAAAAUAGCGGAAGUAACGAGGGCGAAAACAGCGGAAGUAACUCAGGUGGGAACAGUGGAACUAGCAGUGCCGAAAGUGAAAAAAGUGGUCGAAGCGGAAAAGACAGUCACGGUAGUAGCGCAAGUGGCCAAAGCGGCAGCAACAGCAGCAGCGGUGGAAAUACAAGCACCGGAAAAAGUGGAAGCAGCGGUUCAAGCAGAAGCCCAAGCAGUGGAAGUGGCAGUCACGACAAUAGCGGAAGUGGCAGCAGCGGUGGUGGUGUAUCUGGCUGCGACAAAAAUGGACACCAUUAUGAAAGCGGUGAUUUUGUUGACCCUGAAGAACCGUGCAACAUUUGUACAUGCUACACGACCGGUCAUUUUGAUUGUAAAAAGCGAACAUGCAAGCCACCAAAAUGUGGCGUGAAUAAACAGAAGAAAGAUGAAUGCGGAUGCCUCGUGCCUGACGACUCAUGCAGGGACAAAGUGUGUCUCAAACUUGAGUGCCCUGCGGAACAGAGAUACUUUGCACCUGACUCGUGCUGUGAAGCAUGCCAGUGUUCUGUCAAUGGAGUGUUAGUGCCGGAAGGCCCAUUUGAUGACCCGUGUAACACGUGUGAAUGCUUUGCAAACGGACAAUUCAAAUGUCAUAAACGACCAUGCAAUCCACCAAAAUGCGGCGUAAAUAAACAGAAGAAGAACGAAUGCGGAUGCCUUGUCCCCGAUGACUCGUGCAAGGACAUAGUGUGUCCCAAACUUGAGUGCCCUGAGGACCAGAGGUACUUCGCACCUGACUCGUGCUGUCAAGCGUGCCAGUGUUCUGUCAAUGGAGUGCUGAUACCGGAAGGCCCAUUUGACGACCCGUGCAACACUUGUGAAUGCUUUGCAAACGGACAAUUCGACUGUCAAAAACGACCAUGUGAGCCACCCAGAUGCGGCGUGAAGAAGCAGAAAAAGAAUGAAUGCGGUUGCCUUGUCCCCGAUGACUCGUGCAAGGAUAUAGUGUGUCCCAAACUUGAGUGCCCUAAGGUCCAGAGGUACUUCGCGCCUGACUCGUGCUGUGAAGCCUGUCAGUGUUCUGUCAAUGGAGUCUUAGUGCCGGAAGGUCCCUUUAAUGACCCGUGCAACACGUGUGAAUGCUUUGCAAAUGGACAAUUCGCAUGUCAAAUACGACCAUGCAAGCCACCAAAAUGUGGCGUGAACAAACAGAAGAAGGACGAAUGCGGAUGCCUUGUCCCAGAUGACUCGUGCAAGGACAUAGUGUGUCCCAAACUUGAGUGCCCUAAGGACCAGAGGUACUUCACACCUGACUCGUGCUGUGAAGCAUGCCAGUGUUCUGUCAACGGAGUCUUAGUGCCGGAGGGUCCCUUUAACGACCCGUGCAACACGUGUGAAUGCUUUGCAAACGGACAAUUCAAUUGUGAAAAGCGACCAUGUGAUCCACCAAAAUGUGGCGUGAAUAAACAGAAGAAGAAUGAAUGCGGGUGCCUUGUCCCCGAUGACUCGUGCAAGGACAUAGUGUGUCCAAAUCUUGAGUGCCCUGAGGAGCAGAGGUACUUCGCACCUGACUCGUGUUGUGAAACGUGUCAGUGUUUUGUCGAGGGAGUGUUAGUGCCAGAAGGUCCAUUCGGAGAUCAUUGUGAUGCAUGCGUUUGUAAAGGGGGUGUUGUCACGUGUUCUCCCCCAACCUGCCCUAGUGUGCCACUCGAGUGCGUCGACCCAGUCGUCGAUGAAAAUUGUAACUGGAUCUGCCCUAAUGGUGCCAACUGCAUGAUUAAUCCGGCUAAAGGUCUUGAAGAGGGAAAUGUACUAAAAUAUGGAGAACACAAGGUUAUCUCUGGCAACAAAUUUUGCAUUUCCGUUUCCGGUGACUAUUGGGCCCCGGAUUGCUACUGCAUUACAAUGAAUUGGGAGCAGUUUGUUCUGAAGUUACAUGGAGGAGAGUGUAUUAAAGAUCCAGAGUGGUAG